AUGUUAUUACCACACGAUUCGGAAGGAAUGGGAUCCAAACAUUCAUCAGAAAGACCAGAAAGUUUCCUACAAAUGUGUAAUGAAGACGAUGAAAUUGAAUUUAACAAGGUUGCAUUUGGUGGAACUUUCGAAACUCAACAACUUCACGACACAAUUUGGAUUGUUGCCAAUUUUCCAACUCCAAUUAACAUCUAUCAUUAA